AUGCCCUACUACGCUAAUUUCAUAAUAUCCGCCAUCCUCGGCGGGCUGUCCGUCAUUGCUCUUGGCUACGUAUUUUCUUUCGCCGUUUGGCUCGGGAAGAAGUCUCUCGACGCCAUCCCCACCCGCUAUCAUCCCGCUGAGAAGCCAGAGGAUGAGCAUAUUCAGAUCCUCGUUGUGGGUGAUAUUGGAAGAAGCCCGCGGAUGCAGUACCAUGCCCUGAGCGUUGCCAAGCAUGGAAGGAAAGUUGACAUUGUCGGCUAUAAAGAGACGGCUAGACACCCUGAUCUCAUUGGCAAAACCAACGUCACAGUCUAUCCUCUCGCACCUCAGCCAGAAUGGAUCGCCUGGGGGACGUUGCCCUUUUUUCUCAACAUCCCUGCCAAGGUCAUUCAGCAGUUCUGGACCUUGUUUAGGACGCUCAUGUACACCACUCCUCCUGCUCAGUGGAUUAUUAUUCAGAAUCCGCCUUCCAUCCCCACGUUUCACGUAGCUCUUUUCGUCUCAUGGAUUCGCGGCAGCAAGGUCAUUGUCGACUGGCACAACUAUGGACAUACCAUUCUGGCGCAAAAGUCUCUGCUCCGACCUCUUGUGCCCAUCUACAAGUAUUACGAGAUUAAGCUAGGCCGAUACCUAGGAAAUGCAAACCUCGCGGUCACUGAUGCCAUGGCGAAGCAGCUUCAAACCGGAGGCGGCUUUAAUCUCAAGAACCCUGUCUAUACGCUACAUGAUAGGCCAGCUGAGAUAUUUCAGCCCAUGAAUUCCUCAAAGGAUCGACUCGAGUUUCUCUCUCGCUUGGCUGAAACCAAGAAUUACGCCAAGAAUAUCGUCGAUGGGGCCCUUCGCUUAGUAGUGAGCAGUACCUCCUGGACAGCCGAUGAAGAUUUUGGCAUGCUACUCGAUGCUUUGGUCGCCUACGCUGCGCCAGCAUCGGGCCAGGAAGGUGUUCCCCCCAUCUUGGCCAUCAUCACGGGCAAAGGUCCCCAGAGGGAGGCCUACCUUGAGAAGAUCAAGGAACUGCAAGAUGCCGGUAAACUACCUGGUAUUCGUAUUCUCAGCGCCUGGCUUUCUAAUCGGGACUACGCCUCGCUGCUCGCUGCAGCCGAUCUUGGCAUCUCCCUCCACAAAUCUAGCUCUGGGGUGGAUCUGCCCAUGAAAGUGGUUGACAUGUUUGGGGCGGGUCUACCCGUGGCUGCGUACGCUGGCUUCGAAAGCAUUGGAGAGCUCGUGAAAGAGGGUCAGAAUGGCUGUGGCUUCGAAACAGUACCGCAACUAACUGAGAUCCUAAGGAGAUUGCUCAGCUUUGAAGGAGCAGGAGAGUUGGCUACACUGAAGCAAGGUGCUGUUGAAGAAGGCUCACGGCGUUGGGAUGAGGAAUGGGAUUCUGUCGUUGGCCCUGUGAUAGGGGUAGCAGACAGACUGACAUAG